CACAACAAAAAAACACAGUGUAACACACAACAAAAACAUCUUCAUAAGAAUCACACCUUAAACUCUUCAAAAUCUCUCUCUCUCUCUCUCUCUCUCUCUCUCUCUCUCAAAAAGUUUCAAUUUUUCUUGAGAGAGAAUCACAUUCACAUCAAAAAUCUCAUAUACCCAUUUCAAAUUCUUCAAUUGGGUUCUCUUUAAUCUUCAAAACACACACAAUUCACACCUUAAACACUUCAAAAACUCUCUCUCUAUAAAAGUUUCAAUUUUUUUUUUUGAGAGAGAAAUUCGUUCAAAUCAAAAUCUCAUAAACCCAUUUCAAAUUCUUCAAAUGGGUUCUAUUUAAUCUUCUUUUUCAUCAACCCCAUUAAUUUUUUCAUCUAAAAAUUUGAUUUUUUUGAUAAUUUUCUGUAAUGUCGACUGCUCCUGCACCAUCUUCGCCGCCGGCGGGUAACGCCACCGCACCACCACCAGCAACACCUACUGCACCACCACCUGCAACACCUUCAUCACCACCACCUGCAACACCUUCAUCACCACCUCCGGCAACACCUUCAUCACCUCCGCCGUCAACUCCGGCGAAUCCACCACCGGUCACCCCAUCUGCUCCGCCUCCUUCUACCCCGGCAACACCUUCAUCACCACCUCCGUCGACGACUCCAUCAGCACCACCACCAUCAACACCUUCAAAUUCACCACCCUCGCCACCAACAACUCCGGCGAUAUCACCACCGUCCGGAGGAGGCACUACUCCGUCUCCACCUUCCCGGACUCCACCAAGCUCUGAUGACAGUCCAUCACCACCAUCCUCCAAAACUCCGCCGCCACCUUCACCACCGUCUUCAUCAAGUAUAUCAACAGGAACUGUCAUCGGAAUCGCCGUUGGAGCGGUGGUGGUUCUGGUGUUUUUCAGCAUUUGUUGCAUUUGCUUUAGGAAGAAGAAGAGAAGAAGACGUGAUGAAGAAUACUAUGGUCAGCAGAAUUAUCAGCAACCACCACCAGCACAGAGACCCAAAGUUGAACCUUAUGGUGGUCCACCACAACAAUGGCAAAAUAAUGCUCACCCUCCUUCUGAUCAUGUAGUCUCAAAGCCACCGCCUCCUGCUCCAAUUCCACCACGACCACCAUCUCAUGUUGCACCACCGCCGCCACCUCCCGCUUUCAUCAGCAGCAGCGGUGGUUCCGGAUCAAACUAUUCUGGCGGCGAACUGCUUCCACCUCCUUCUCCAGGCAUUGCAUUUAGCUCCGGAAAAAGCACGUUUACAUAUGAGGAGUUGGCGCGUGCAACCGACGGUUUCUCUGAUGCUAACCUCCUCGGUCAAGGUGGAUUUGGAUAUGUGCAUAGAGGUAUUCUCCCUAAUGGUAAAGAGGUUGCUGUUAAGCAGCUGAAAGCUGGUAGCGGACAAGGAGAACGCGAAUUUCAAGCUGAAGUUGAGAUUAUUAGCCGUGUUCAUCAUAAACAUCUUGUUUCUCUUGUUGGAUACUGCAGCACUGGGUUUCAGAGACUUCUUGUUUACGAAUUUGUUCCUAACAAUACUCUGGAAUUCCAUUUACAUGGAAAAGGAAGACCAACAAUGGAUUGGUCUACAAGACUGAGAAUUGCUUUAGGAUCUGCUAAAGGACUUGCAUAUCUUCAUGAAGAUUGUCAUCCUAAGAUCAUUCACCGUGAUAUUAAAGCUGCUAACAUACUUCUCGAUUUUAAGUUUGAAGCAAAGGUUGCUGAUUUUGGUCUUGCAAAGAUUGCUUCUGAUCUCAACACUCAUGUUUCUACUCGAGUGAUGGGGACUUUCGGGUAUCUGGCUCCAGAAUAUGCUGCUAGUGGAAAACUUACCGAUAAAUCAGAUGUUUUCUCUUAUGGAGUCAUGCUCCUUGAGUUAUUAACUGGACGACGACCGGUUGAUAAAGAUCAGACUUACAUGGAUGAUAGUUUGGUUGAGUGGGCUAGGCCUUUGCUCAUGCGUGCUUUAGAAGAAGAUAAUUUAGAUUCUCUGAUUGAUCCAAGGCUUCAGAAUGAUUUUGACCCUAAUGAGAUGACUCGUAUGGUGGCAUGCGCUGCAGCUUGCACACGUCACUCAGCAAAGCGUCGACCAAAGAUGAGCCAGGUUGUGCGCGCUCUAGAAGGAGACGUGUCACUAGCAGAUCUUAAUGAAGGGGUUAGACCUGGACACAGCAGUGUCUACAAUUCUCACGAGAGCUCCGAUUACGAUACUCAACAAUACAAAGAAGACAUGAUAAAAUUCAGAAAAAUGGCAUUAGGAACUCAAGAGUAUGCCGGAAGCAGCGAGUAUAGUGGAGCUACUAGUGAAUACGGUUUAAACCCGUCUGGCUCAAGCAGCGAAAACCAAAGCCGUCAGACAACAAGGGAAAUGGGCCAGACAACAAGGGAAAUGGAAAUGAGAAAGAUGAAGAAUGGUCAAGGAUUCAGUGGAAGUUCAUGAGCUUUGACACAUUGUUUGCUAUUUUUUUUUCAUCUUGUAUAAAAAAUCUAUGUCCUUGAUUUUUCACCUAUGGAUGGUACAGUUGAAUUUUGCUUGACUGACAUGUUUGGAUUGACUUACCAAGUUAUUAUCACACUCUUUUUUCACAAGAUUGUUUCAUAUCUUUUAAUUGUAUUUAUCAAGUUAUACAACACAUAACAGUUGAUUCUUUCAUUA